AUGUUAGCAGGCAAGAGCGGUGCCGAGGUGGGAGCAGAAGAACCUCAUAGAGAGGCAGAUUUUGCGCAUGAAUAUUUAGAAAAUGAUGUUGCAAACGAAGGCCGCGAGGCCGAUGCUGAGGAUGCUGACAUUGAGGCUAUGAAACGGCGAGUGGCUGAAAUGGAGGCUGAAGCCGCUAAGCUGCGCGAAAUGAACGAAGUCGCGGAACGGGACAUAUCCGGAACUGCAUCAGCUGCAUCUCAUCCUAGUGAAGAAGAGAAGAUGGAAGUAGACGGACGCAGUAUCUACGUUGGAAACGUGGAUUAUGGCGCCACACCUGAAGAAAUUCAACAACAUUUCCAGAGCUGUGGCACCAUAAAUCGCGUUACUAUUUUGUGCGACAAAUUCACUGGCCAUCCGAAAGGAUUUGCGUAUGUUGAGUUCGCAGAUUCUAGCUUUGUUGAGAAUGCAGCCGUGCUAAAUGAAUCACUUUUUCGCGGCCGUCUACUAAAAGUCACGCCGAAAAGAACUAAUGUGCCAGGAAUCACUACACGUGGACGUGGGCGUGGACGUGGGCGUGGUGGCUUCCGCGGUGGUCCUCGCGGUGGUUUCCGUGGCAGUUUCCGAGGUCGUGGCUCUUGGCGUGGUCGCGGUCAUGGUUGGUGGUAA